UCGAAGUGAUCUUCACAGAGGGCCACCUCAUCAACACUGCAUUAAUACGAAAUUCCAGUAUAAAAAUACAAAUGAGUGGAAGCGAUCCUCAUCCUGAUCCUCAUCCUCCUCCCCCUCCAUCACCACCUGAUACAAAUGUUUCACCAUGGGAAAUAGAUGAUCUAAAAGAUUCGAAAUCACUCAAUCUUCUACCACCAACUCAAAGUCCGAAGGAAGAUUCAAGUACUUUCAAUGUCAAAGUGAAUGAGAAAGAAAAUGAUAAUAUUUCAACCUCGUCAUCAACACAAGCAGAGAAGAAUCUAUCAACUUCUGAAGAGAAAAAUGAGUCGAAGCCACCCACUUCUCCACCACUAAUAGAAGAAUAUGCCAAAUAAUUUGCAUUUCGAGGACUCAAAUCAUCAAGUCACUUAAAGAUGGUUACAUGUGAUACUAUGCUUCACGGUUAUGUUAC